UGAAAACUAUGUUCCAGCCUUGGAAGACAUCUUGUACCAGGCUGAGCACAAAAUCACAUGCCCUGUUCAGAAAUUGUACUUGGGUAGCACAAGUGUGAGAGACUUCGGUUUCAAUACAAAUCUUCAGCACCAGAAGCAUGAUGGUGGAGAACAGCCUUGGGGAAGGGCUGUGGACACGGCCUCCUUAGUGGCAAGCUGCAGACUUUAUACCUUGACCAAGCCUUUCUCCUGUGGAGAGGCUGGGAUGGACUUCCUUGAGCAUCAGAUCACUCGUGAUGACAAGCAGCCACACAGCAGCAUCAAGAGCAGGGAAGCAUUUUGGACUGGAAAAAGACAUCGCAAGUGGGAUGAAUGCAAAAAAGCUUCAAGUCUCAAGCACACACUUGUUCAAGAGAAGUGUGUCUUUGCUGAAGAAGGGCUUCAUAAAUGUAGCAAAUGUGAGAAAGUCUUCACCUGCAAGUACACAUUUUCUCAGCACCAGGAUACUCAUUUUGGACAAAGAACAUCUGAAUGUAGUGAGUAUGGAAAAUCCCUUUGCGAAAAGUGCCACAUUAUUGGGCCUGAAAGAAUUCACACUGGAGCAAGCCCUCAUGAAUGUAGCGAAUGUGGAAAUGCUUUUAUCCACAAGUCUGACAAGAGACAUCACAGUGGAGGAAUACAUUAUGAGUGUGGGGAAUGUAGCACAUCUUUUCCCUGUAAAUCUAAGCUCAUUGAACACCAGAGAGUUCACACAGGAGAAAGGCCUUACACAUGUAGCAAGUGUGGGAAAUCCUUCAAACAGAGUUAUAGCCUCUUUUGACACCAGAGAAUCCACACUAGACAAAAGCCAUAUGAGUGAUGUGAUUGUGGGAAAGUCUUUAGCUGCUACUCUGAACUCAUUCAACACCAGAGGAUUCAUAGUGGAGAGAGGUAUGAGUGCAGUGACUGUGGGAAAACCUUUAGACAGUAUUAUAACCUCAUCAGACACCAGAAUGUUCACACUUGUGAUAAGCCUUAUGAAUGUGGUGAAUGUGCAAAAUCCUUUAGCCGCAAAUUUACCCUCAAUCAACACCAGAGUCUUUACAGUGGACAAAGGCCUUAUGAGUGCAGUGAUGGGAAAUCCUUUACCCGGAAAUCUGACCUUGUUCAGCACCGGAGAAUUCACACUGGUGUAAGACCUUAUGAGUGUGAUGAAUGUGGGAAAUCUUUUAGACAACGCUCUGGCCUCAUUCAACACCGGAGAGUUCAUUCUGGAGAAAAGCCUUAUAAGUGCAAUGAAUGUGGAAAAACCUUCAGUCAGAGUGCAACCCUCAUUCAUCAUCAGCGAGUUCACACUGGAGAAAAGCCUUAUCAGUGUAAUGAAUGUGGAAAAUUCUUUGGCCAGAGCUCUACCCUCCUCCAGCACCAGAGAGGUCACACUGGAGAGAGACCUUAUAAAUGCAAUGAAUGUGGGAAAUGCUUUACCCACAAAUCUGACCUCGUUCAGCAUCAAAGAGUUCACGCUGGAGAAAGGCCUUAUAAGUGCAGUGAAUGUGAAAAAUCCUUUAGUCAAAAAUCUAAUCUGACUCGACACCGGCAAGUUCAUACCUAAGAAGGCUUACAGUGUGUAGGAAAAUGUUCUACUCCAUUCCUAAAUUUAAUAACAUGGCAGGAGACCAAAGGGGCCCUAUCUAAAUGUGAACAUCGUUCAUGUGAGUUUUCUCAGUGUGAGUUUCACGUACCUGUGAUGCUUUGUGGUGACUGAUUAGAGUUUAGAAUCAGUGGCCCAGGGCCACAGCCUGAUUUAUUUCACUGCCCAUUUCUGUGGCAUAAUCCAUUUCACUUCUACUCCCUGAUAAGUUCACAGGCUGUGUACACAAGUUAUUAUUCCAGAGUGCUCCGAGAAGCAAACCUCUGACCUCUCCUAUUUGGGGAAACACUCUUCUCAGCCUUUGGUGGCUCCUCAUUUUCUUGUUUCUGCCUUUAGGGUACAGCCCUUAACAGUUUUGGUCCAGAGGGCUUGGUCAUAGUUGUGUGUCAACUUGCUAAGAAUCACCACUUUGUUGUUCUCACAUCAUGCUUGUGAUGAGUUUUUCUGGGCUGUAAUUUAGUAGCCUGGAAACUGCUUGCUGCACAUUGCACUGAUGAGUGAUCUUUUAGUAAAAGUCAUUUUGUUUAUCCACUUUUAAUUUUGAAAAUUCUGUUAAUUGUGUGGGGUGACUUAUAAACAGACUAGUUAGGUUGGUGUGGAGUGAUCCAAUUCUGGGGAAAUCCCAAAUGGCCAUGCAGACAGGAAAACAAGACUAGAGAGAAAAAUAACUUGAUAGUUUAAGGGUGUAGCUUUGUGACAGCAUUCCUGUUUAAAACUGGCACAGGCUUUUAUUGCUUGCCAAUAUUUGCUGCCACUGAAACAGCUGCACCUCCUAAGGCUUGAGGAAAGCAAUGGUGCAAUUGAUAACAGGUUAUGAACCUGAUCUUCCAGGACAAACAGCAUUUAGGCUUAUUAUUUUGAGCUCCCAUUUUAAAGCUUUAUUUAAGUAUAAUUUAUAAGAUUUACAUGCAACAAAGUACACUGAGUAACCUAUACAGUUUGGACCUUGGUGUGGUAGUGUGCCUGCAGUCCCAUCUACACAGGAGUCUGAAGCCAGCCUGGUGAUGUAGUGAGACCCUGGCAAGACAAAAGGAAAAAAGUUUGGUAGAGCAUUGAAGCCAUCAUUACAAUCAAAAAAAUAAAUAAACUUUGUUAAACUGUAUGUUUCCUCCUGCCCUUCUAUAAUCUCUCUCCCUACCUUCCUGCGGCCUUUAGGCAAUUGUUGAUUUCCUUUAAAGUAAAUUGGUUUGUAUUUUCUAGACUUUGUUGUUAUUGUAAAGUGUUUGUGUGUGUGUGUGUGUGUGUGCACAAAUGUGUACUGCG